AUGGCUGGCAACGACGGCCUCCAAGUUCUACCAGCAGGAGCCGGCUAUGGAAUCGUCAUUGGCAUCGGCGGACUCUUCGCCCUCAUCAUGCUGUUCCUCACCUGGCUACAAAAUCGCUACACCUCCUUUUCCACCAAAUCAUCCGAAGAAUUCAAUAUCGCAUCUCGUUCGGUCAAGCCGGGGUUGAUAGCAUCCGGCAUCGUGUCCUCCUGGACCUGGAGUGCGACCCUCCUCACCAGCUCGACCUUCGCAUACUCCUAUGGCGUCUGCGGCCCCAUGUGGUAUGCUGCGAUGGGGACGAUUCAAAUUCUGAUGUUCGCAUUGAUCGCCAUCAAGAUCAAGGCCAAUGCUCCAGGCGCACAUACAUUUCCGGAGAUCCUUCUAGCCAAGCACGGCAAAAUCGCUCACGCGACGUACCUCUUCAACGGACUGGCUACGAACAUGCUCGUGGGUGCGUGUUUGGUCCUCGGAGGCUCGCAGGUCGUGGCGGCGAUUUCUGGAAUGAAUGUUUACGCCGCAUGCUUCCUGAUCCCAAUCGUUGUGGCCGCGUACGUGAUAGCCGGCGGACUACGAUCGACCUUCAUUGCAGACUACAUCCACACAGUCAUCCUCUUCAUCGCCAUCUUCGUGUUUGGGUUCUGCAUGUACGCCACGAGCGACUUCGUUGGGUCGCCGAGCAAGUUCUACUAUCUUCUCGUUGAAGCUUCAGAGAACAUGCCCAUUGCCAAGAAUGCUGGCGAUGGCUCGUACUUGACGUUUCGGUCUGUCGAAGGCCUGGUCUUUGCUAUCGAUCUCUUCGCUGCGGGAUUCAGCACUGUCUGGUUGGAUCAAGCGUACUGGCAACGAGCCAUCGCCUCACGGCCGGAGACGAGCGUGAAGGCGUACAUACUGGGAGGGAUAGCUUGGUACGGCAUCCCCUACGGCUUCGCAACAGCCAUGGGCCUAGGCUGUGCAGCCCUCACCUCCUCACCUCACUUCCCAACCUACCCCGAUCCCCUCACCGCCGCCCAAACCAGCGCCGGCCUCUCCUCCCCGGCAACAGCCAUAACCCUCCUAGGCCAAGGCGGCGCAGUCCUAAUGCUCAUCCUCCUGUUCAUGGCCGUCACCAGUUCCACCUCCGCCGAACUCAUCGCCGUCUCCUCCCUCCUCACCUUCGACAUCUACAAAACGUACAUCCACCCAGACGCGGACUCCAAACGCCUCGUCACGGUGAGCCAUUACGGGAUUGUGAUCUACGCGCUCGUCCUCGCGGUCUUUUGCUGUAUUUUGAAUGUAGCAGGCAUAAACCUCACCUGGCUCCUCACGGUCCUCGCCAUCAUCGUCGGAGGCGGCGCCGUCCCCGUCGGGCUCGUCCUCCUCUGGAGACGCACCUCGACUCUCGCCGCCAUCGCCGCGCCAUGGGUGGGCCUCGCAUGCGGCUUGAUCGCCUGGUUCGUCACGGCGUGGAAGCGUUCGGGCGAGAUCUCCAUCGCGAGCACGGGGAACACGACGAAUGCCGUGGCGGGGAAUGUCACGAGUUUCGGCGUCGGGUGGUUGACGUGCGUGGUGUUGUCGUUGGCCUUUCCGGCGAAGUUCACGAGUGAAGACGCGAGGGAUGUGGAGAGGCGGAAUAAGAUCCAGGGGAUUGCUAUGCCGAGGGCGAGGGGGGUCGUAUCGGAUGAGGGGAUUGUUGGUACUGGAGACGAAGAGAAGAACCUCUCUUCUUCGAGCGAGGAUAAAGUCGCCCACCCCACGGAAUCUACCUCCUCGCAACAACAACAGCAAGAUCUCACGACCAAACCCACCGGCAACGACCUCGUCGAUUUUCUCGAGACGAGCAAUAUGGAACCCAUGGACCCGGUCUUAGUCCGCAAAGGCGAACGCCUCGCGGUGGGCGCCAAUGUGACCUUCAUCCUUGUGGCCAUCAUACUCGUGCCAUUUACUCUGUUCGGGACGAGCUACGUCUACAACCGGGCUUUCUUUGAGGGAUGGGUGGUUGUUAGUUUCAUCUGGGUGUGGUGUUCGAUGGUGAUCUGUGUGGUGUAUCCUGUUGUUGAGAGCACGGGGGCUUUGAAGACGAUUGCGAAGGGAUCGUGGAGGGAUGUUAGGGGGUUGUUUGGUGGGAAGGGCGAGAAGGGGAGGGGUGGAGGCGGAGGAGACAAAGCUUGA